AUGACUAAAGUGUUGCUCACAGGUGGUUCAGGCUUCAUUGCCGCACAUAUUCUUGACAUUCUUCUUGAACAUGGACAUAGUGUUAUCACCACUGUUCGUUCUCAGGAAAAAGCCGCCAAAAUCAUUGAAGCUCACCCCAAAGUUUCUCGUUCUCAACUCGAUUUCCGAAUUGUUCCUGAUAUCGCACAGCCUGGAGCUUUUGAUGAAGCUGUAAAAAUCGACGGACUCAAAGUAGUGAUCCACACUGCUUCUCCGUUUCAUUUUAACGCAACCGACAUGAAGCGGGAUCUUAUAGACCCUGCUGUCAAUGGAACUAGAGGUGUUCUUAGUGCUAUAAAAAAUGGUGCACCAACCGUAAAAAGAGUGGUUAUAACUUCUAGCUACGCUUCAAUUUUAGAUCCCUCUAAAGAUAUUUCUGAUCCCACAAUAAUCUACUCAGAAAAAGAUUGGAACCCAAUUUCCGAGGAACUCGCCCUACAACAUCCUGUCUUGGGUUACCUAGCAUCAAAAACUUUUGCUGAAAAGGCAGCAUGGGAGUUUAUUCAAAAGGAAAAGCCCAAUUUCACACUUACUACAAUUAAUCCGCCAUUAGUCUUGGGUCCGGUGAUUAAUCACCUCAACUCUCUCGAAUCUCUCAACACAUCCAAUCAAUGUAUCCGCGAUUUCACACUCGGUAAGCUAAAGACGGAAAUUCCGGAGGCAGGUUGUUUCAUUUGGGCUGAUGUCCGGGAUGUUGCACUUGCACAUGUUAAGGCUUUCGAACUUGAUUCUGCUGCUGGAAAACGUUGCUUCGUUACAGCAGGCUUUUUCAGUAAUAGGGAAAUUGCAGCUAUCAUCAAAAACCAUUUCCCCGAAUAUGUUUCCAAGUUGCCUGGCCCAGAAGUGAAGGGUGGUGACUAUCCAGAGAAAGGUCCUUGUAAGUUCGAUAACUCGAAGACAAAUGAGAUAUUAGGCAUCAAGUAUUAUUCAUUGGAAAGAUCAGUUGUGGAUGCGGUUAAGAGUUUUAAGAGAAUUAGCGCGGGCAGCAAAAUGUGA